AUGGUGCCGCGACCCGGGAGUACUACUUUGAAUGACGGGCUAACGAUCCAAGAGGCAUCGGAGGCAGGUGCGCAGUCGGCUGGAAGGUCGCCGACUGCAAGAGAGCACAGUGAGAGACCUGUCGCGUCGUGGAGCUCUGAAGGAACCUUCACGACAGGCCACGGGGCCAGCGACAACCAGGAGGGCUACGAAGAACAGUUUGCCGUUCCCGAUGCGGCUCCCGACGAGGGAGCCGCGAAGGGCCGCGACGCAAGUCGCGGUCCUACCAGUCGGAAGCCUGCAAAGGCCGACGACCAACAACAACCCACCGCCAAGGCAGCCAUGAAGCGCAAGUCGCCCAAGAGGAGGAAGAAGAAGCUGCGCGCGCCGGACUCGGCGGAAGAGUCGCUGUCCAAGCCGCAAGGCAAGGACACGGGACGUCAGUACACCGUCGAGGAGGUACGGUACGUCGUGGCGCGCACGGAGCUCUUCCGUCUGCUAGAACAAGACCCAAUCUUGGUCUUCCUCAAGCCCAUGCUGAUGAGCAACUUCACAGGCCCCUUCGUGGUGCCGGACUUCGAUAGUCUCACCAGCGUCGCCCACGCCGCGCCGACUCUCUUCCAGAUGCUGCGUGACUCGGGGUUCGUGCUGGGGGCUUUCGAGAUGGAGAGGCUAGCACAUAGGGCGGCGGCGUCGCCGUGGCAGCAUCCACAAAGUGGUCAAUCAGCACCUUCGACGACCACGCCCUCGCCUCCACCUCGAUACCAAUCGAGCGUGGACUCCGACAGCAGUUUCGAGUCGCCCAAGCGCAUGCCCAUGAACCGGCCGCCGCGCGUCAUGCAGCUAUCCGCGGCGCCCGCACGCACGGAGGUGACGAAACCCGCCGAGGAGGUGCUUCCCAAGGCCUUGAGAGAAUCCAUCAUCAAGUUGAGGCAGACGACAGUGAUGAGCGCCCCGCGCGCCGACACAGCCGCAAUUCCGACAGGGCCGCCCGCGAGUCCCACACUCACGGUGGCUCGCCCCCAGGAGGCAGCGGAUGUCGCCAUGGAGUCGGUCAGGUCGCGUUCUUCGACGAGGUCCAGAACUCGACGCAACGCAGACGAGGACCCCGAUGACCUGUUCGACUUGGACAUCGGAGUGCCAAGAACCGUGGCCACCGUCUCGACGGCGACAGCCGGCGGCGUAGCCCUCGCCCGCGUACACCUCUCAGCAUCUUCCGAGCUGAAAGAGUUCUCGGGACGGGACGCCAGCGAAGAGAAAGCCAGACUGUGGCUCAACCAUCGGAAGUCCGCCGCGCGGCGCGACGGGAUGACGGGCGAAGAAGUGUGCGGGCAGUUCAGCGAUCUAAUGAGCGGCCCUGCGCGCCAAUGGUAUCUCCAGUUGCCCAGGAAGGUCAAGAAAUCAUGGACCGAGCUGAUGGAGCAAUUGCGUGUGCAGUACUGCACCGCUACUACCAUGCGGCUCAGCGCCCCCGACGAGACCCCUCUGGAUUACUUGUACCGGCUCAACGUCGCGGGUUUGAGGGCCAACAUCCCAUACACCGAGGGUACGACUGAACAGAAGGGCGAAAACGUCGAGCAUUUCAUCCGGACGCUGAGCACGCAGGAGACCGAACUCGCCUCGCGUCUCACGCUGAUGGAGGUCGCCGACUCCGAGGCGCUGGAGAAGAAACUGCGUGCCCGACAACGGGGACUGGCCCACCAGAAAAAGACUCUCUUCGGCUCGAACAAGUUCCGCCAAAGUCGCGACAGCGACGAUCGCCAGUACGACCAAGACGAGGCGGACGAAGAACGCGCCAAGUUGUUCGUCGCGGGACAGGCCCCGCCGGGAGAGCCGGCGCGUCGCAACUUCGAUCCCGACGACUUGGGACGCGACCGCCCGCGGUGCCGCUACUGUGGUUCACGUCGCCAUGUCGAAGGAGACUGCUGGAAGUUGUUGACGUGUCAGAAGUGUGGUGGCCAGCACCCGACGGAGCGAUGCUUGAGGGUGUGCAAGGCCUGCGGUGACGUGCACGAAGCAGGAGAAUGCCCGAUGGAGGAGUUCUUCAGCCAAUUGCGCCAGUGGUUUGACCCGAAUAAACACGCGGGAAUGCUGCUGCCGGCCGCCGAGAAGAUUGAGAACCCGACUUCCCUGAAUGAUAAUACAUGUGAAUUCAACCUGGAACGUGCCACGCAAGAACGCGCGCGGCGAAUCUCGGCGGUCCGAUGUACGACGCACGUCGAGUUUGCACGUGAACCUCCCCUGGACGAGAUCGAAUUGCAACCAGGAGAGCGACGCGGAUACUGGAAACAUUACUCGCCGCACAAGUGGUACAAGCAGGCCAAGAUUCAUGGAACGCUGAACAACCGCCGUGCUGUGUUAUUGCUCGACACAGGCGCCGAGGUGUCCAUCCUGGACACCACCUUUGCUCGUGAGGAAGGCUGCCUGAUCGACACGGAGAUCACGCAAGAGUGUGUGGGAAUUCGUGAUGAGACAUAUUACACGGUGGGGAGAACCAGAGUCAAGAUUACCUUGGCUGGAAACUUGGUGGACUACAUGCACCUGUGGGUCGGCGACUUGGUCGGCCAACACACAAUCCUCGGAAUGAACUUCAUGGUGCCCGCUGGAGUGCGGAUCGACACUGCGGACGGCACGGCGUGCCUCCCCGACGAGGUGCAUAUCCAGAUGAUCGGACGAAGACCGCUAUACAGCGCACGGAUGCACCCGGUCGAUGUCAAGACGCCUACGCCGUCUGACGGCCAGCCUCGGAACCGUGGAUUCGUCCGACUGGGCUCCACCCGGUACCAGCAGUGGCAGAAUCUGGCGUACGGCGCGACGCACGACGCGGAGGAGAACUGGAUCCCAGCCGAGCUGGACGGACCGAUGACGGAUCGCUCCUCAUACCCGACGCCUAAAGCCUUCUUGCGCCCGGAGCCGAGACAACUCGGGACGCGACGCGCCGUGACCCCAGUGUUGGCGGCUGUCGUGGAAGCGCCGAAGGCAAGGGGGGUAGACUUGCCACCCGACGACCACAAACCGGAUACGAACGAGGAGGCGGUGGAAAGCGAACCCGAUAUGCCUCCGACUGUGGCUGGAAGCACUGCGAUGGAAGAAUCGCCGAAAUCGGAACUCGCCGAGCCAAAACUCGACGGACCAAACCCCGCCGAGCCGAAUUUCGACGAGGCGAAACCUGAUGAGCAGGAGGAAGACGAUGCUGUCCUCAUCCACGAGGGGUCCGACCUCUUCGCCGAGGAUCUCGAGUCCGAGAUGGCAGUGGUGUCACACCUCUCGCUGACCGCCGAGGUGAAAAUCGAAGACUUAAAGGUUGGCAUGCCGACUGGACUCCCGCCCGAGGAAGCCGCAAUACAAGAAACGCGGCUACGCCAAAUCGUCUGGAAGCGACGAAAGUGGUUGAUCGACAAGGGCAACGCCUUGUCGCCAGCCGCCCUGGGUGUUGUCUGCGACAUCGACGUGGGCGACGCAAAACCCGUCGUGCAACGCGUCCGGAAAAUCCCGCCGCAGUUCCGAGAGAAGGUCGCACACUUGAUCAAGGGGCUGCUGAGCGCGACGAUGAUCCAGAAAUCGAAGUCGCC